UGAGCAGUCGCUCUCUCUCUCACACACACACACACACGUUACACGUUGACGCCUGAGAUGGGUUCCCUCUGCGCUCUGGUCGUCCUCUCGCAGGUUCUCUGGUGCUUAGAGCCCGUCAGGGCAGCGACGGGAGGAGAAGAAGACCUCAGCGGCGUGAAGAUCGAGGUCAUCUACAAACCAGAGCAGUGCGGGCAGAGGGCCAAGCGCGGGGAUCUGCUCAGCACUCACUUCGAUGGCUACCUGGCGGUGGAUGGCACCCAGAUCUACUGCAGUCGUGUCGAAAAUCAAGGUCAACCUAAGUGGUUUGUUCUUGGUGUUGGGCAAGUGAUCAAAGGGUUGGAUAUUGGUAUGCGUGAUAUGUGUGAAGGAGAAAAACGCAAACUGACUGUACCUCCUCUGCUGGCUUAUGGAAAAAUGGGGAGAGAUAAAGUUCCUCCAGAUGCAACUCUGAUAUUUGACGUUGAACUUUACAAAGUGGAACGAGGACCAAGGAGUCCAGAAGGCUUUCGUGCCAUCGACUUGAACAAUGAUCGAAAGCUUUCCCCAGAUGAGCUGAAGAUGUAUUUGCAGAACGAAUUCAAGAAUGAUGAAAAAAGGCGUGACGAUUCCAUCUACUUAGAACUUGUAUUGGCUGAUAUACUGCAAAGAAAUGAUCAUGAUGGAAAUGGUUUCAUUUCUGCCAGAGAGUACAACAUUUAUCAUCAUGAUGAGCUGUAGCACUUCGACCUCUAACAUACUCUUUUUCAACUUAUCUGAAAUGCCUAGAACUUAUGGUAAAAGACUAUGCUUAUUUUGUUAUUACAUUUCCUGUGGUACUGCAGAAUGGCACAAUGAACCUUUUUGAAUAUUUAAGUCUUUUUUGACAUACAGAAGUUUUUUUUAAAGCUAUUGUAUGAUGGAAUCUAAAACAAUGGAUUGAAAUGAAAGUUUGGGAGCAUUUUUAACUUUUGCAUUGUACUUUGACCACUCAAAUAAAUGUUCUCAAUUUCUUUCAUUUGC